CAAUCCCUGGUCAGGGAACUAUGAUCCUGGCUUGGCCAAAAAAAAAAAAAAAAGCCCCCAAACUGAUGACAUUCUUUGAAAACAAAACAAGGUACCUUAUGGGUCCAGCAUUUAGCAUAACAAAGGAGAGAAGUCUAUUGGAGUGAAGUUUCCAGAUAAUAGUCCUCCUCUCCUGUGCACUUCUCUUUACAGUUUACAAAGCAAACACCUUUAAAUUUGAAACUUACAACAAAGGAUCAAGCCCUAGAGGUAGCCAUGGUCAUAUUCAUUUUACAGAUGGGGAAACUGAGGCACAUCAAGGUCCCAAGGCCAUACUGUGAGUUAGUAGUGGAGCUGGGUGGGAACCCAGUCCUUCUGGCUCCCAGUAAGAAACACUGUGUCCUCCUCCUGGCCCUUAAAGCUGUGUUUGGGCUUCUUUCUAAGCAGAAAGUCCUGCCUUUCUAACCACCUGAGUUCAGUUUUUCCUCUUGGCCACAAUUGGGGACCAUUGUCCUGAUCCUCUGCUUCCACCGCUGUUGCUCUGUUCUGAUCGAUGUUUACUUUUCUGGUCUCCUUCCUCGGCCACCAUUCAGGCUCCUGGACUGGUGAAAGAAUGAGGGGGAGAGGGAGGUGUCAAGGAUGUCUGGGGUUCUGGCUUGUGCUAGUGGAUGGAUGGAGAUGACUGGGGAGGGCAGGUUUGGGGUAUAAAAGUAUAAACAUGGAGUUAGACCUGUUGAAUUUAAGGAUUUGUGAGAUGGCCAAGAAAUAUCAUGAUUGUAUAUAUGGAUGACAUUCACAGUGAUACUCAGAAGAUAUAAGACCUGCAGCUUUGGGUGUGAGGAGAAGCAGUGGGUCAGGGGAGUGUGGGCAGUGGAGUGUGGAUCCAUGGGUAUGUGCUCCUUGCCUCUGGUGUGCUUCUCCCAUAGGGGGCACUAGGGGGCAGCACUCAACGGCAGAAAUUGCCAGAACUUCAGAGUCACAGGAUCUAAGUUGGAGUCCUAGAUAUACCCCUGUUCAGCAGCAGUGUGAACUUAUCUCUUUGAACCUCAGCGUUUCUCAACCUAAAAUGGGAUUCAUGUGAGGUAGUACAGAGCGGUGUUUCAGAGUUUGAACUCUGGAGCCAGGGAGCCUGAAUUUAUGUCCCAAUUCUGCCACUUGCUAGCUGUGUGACUUUGACCACAUUACUGAACUUCUCUGUGCCUCAGACGCCUUGUCCACAAUGUUAAAGUAGUAAUAGUUUCAUGUGGUGAUUACUACAGAGGCCAGCACAUGGUAAUUAAAUGACAGCUAUUUUAUUUUAACCCCUUCUUCCUGCCCCCUCUCUGCCUCCCCAGCUAUUCUGGGGCCAGGACUCUCAGAGGCCAGACCACUGCCUCUGAGAAUAAGCAGGAGAACACAUUACUAUGACUGACCAUAAUCAUCUGUUAUGUGUUAGGUAUAUUAUGAGCCUUAUUCCCAUUUAAUCCUCACAAUAACUCAGUGAAUAUAGAUCCCAGCUCCUUAUUUUAUAGCUAAGAAAACAGAGGUUCAGAGAUUUAAGCCUCUUGCCCAAGUUCACACAACUAGUUAAGGGGCAGAGCCCAGAACUGAGCCCAAGUUCUUUCUGUUCAGAGCCUGAGCUCUUUGCAGUGUCUCCUCGGGAUACCACUGAAACUGGGCUCUGGAGAAUGCCCCAGGCCCCAGCAGAAUGGGGGAAUUCUCCCCUCAAGAAUUCCCUUCUGUAAUCAGCUCUAAUUCUACUUACCAUACCUCUCUUUCCCAGAUAUAAUUUCCUGGAAUUCUGAAUGGCAUAAAUGGAAUGGAACCACCUGAAAGGGAACCCCAUGGGAAUAGAAUGGUGGAGGAUGAACAGAAUUGGAACAUGGAAGUUGAGGCUGUCUUGGCUCUUCUGAUUGGUCAGUCUGUCUAUAUUUGUCAAACAGUGGGCCAAUGACCAUUCAGAGUUGCCUCUCCCCUUUCCUUCUUUGGCUAAAGGAUGGUGUUCCUGGAGGCUGGAUAGAACCAGGGGAGUCCUGGAGUUAUGCUGGGGAAUGUUGGACAAGUAAGCUGGGCUCUGGGCUGGGCUGAUAAUGUGGUUAGAGGUGUAGUUGGAGCUGGGCUAUAAGUGCUCUUGGAACUCUAGGUUGGGCUGUUGAGAGGGAGACCCCAGGUCCACCUGACACUGGGGGAAUUACUGGGGCUCCCUGGCUUUAGUUUGCAUGGCACCCAGUUGCUAGGCCUGGAGGGAGCUGCAGGCUAAGAAGCCAUCCUGUACCAGGUUGAGCCGGUGGCUGCUUCUUUGGUUCUGAAUUUGGUUCUAAGCUCUAGUAGAGGUAUUUUCUGCAGCGUCCUCAUGCUGGAAGAAACUUCAUCCAACUCCUUCAGUUUACUGAUGAGGAAAUAAGGCUCCUGAAGAGAAUGGCUUUAGCUGAGGUCACAUAGUGAAUAAACAGUGGGCCCUGGAGGAGGUGGUGUCAAGACAGGCUCGGUUCAAAUCCUGCCUUUACCACCUAGUGCUUUGUGAGCUGGGGCAGCAACCCAGCCUCUCUGGGCUUUAGUUUCCACAACAGUAAAAUCUAUUCAUUCAGCCCUUCUCUUGCCUAGCCUCUACCUCACCCCCGGUACUGCUCCCUCACUCUCUUACACACAUUCACACACAACACAACACACACACAACACACACACACAGCGGCUGGGACACACAUAGCCGAUGCUGAGUCUCCCGGUCCCUCACAGGGAACAAUAGGCAGCUCUGGCCACUGAACACCACCCCCAAUUUCUGGCUCUCUCCCCCCGCCCCCAGCCAGUCUCACAUCCCCUAUUAAGCCUUCCCAGAGAGGCCCCAGCUAGAAGGCUGUCUCCCUGAGUUACCGCAGAAGGCUGUCUCAGCCCUCCUCUGAUGCUUUCCCUCUCCCAAGACAGGAGCUCCUGGAGAGUAAAGUCUAGUCUGAUUCAUCUCUGAGUUCCCAGCACCCAGCUCAGGACAGGGUCCAAGGGCUAUGGCUGGGAAUGUUUGUGGGAGGAGUAAGUGGAGGAAGCCCCUCCAACUCCUCCCCUUUCUUGGGAGCCCCCCCAAACCACUGAUGUGGCAGAAAGAACCCUGGAGUGGGGGCUUACAUAGACCUAGGAUGAAAACUCAGCCCAGACUCUUCCUAACUGUGGGUACGUGGGACAUGACCUCACUUCUCCAAGCCUCAGUUCCCUCUUCUAUAAGUAGCCUUUCUGGGAUGUGGAUGUUUAAGCUGAGAACUGGAAGACUUAGACAGAAAGACCUAGAGGAAGAGUCUUCUGGGCAGAGUAAGGAGCUGGUGCAAAUGGCGCAAGAUGGAGAUGAGAUUGGCAUGUUCGAGAAACAGAAAGGAAGCUAGCAUUGCUGGAGUGCAUUGAGCAAGGGGAGCGUGACUGGUGGUGCGGUGGAGACGUGGCGGGCACUGGACUGCACAGGGCUCAAAGGCCACUGAAGAGUCUGUCUUUUAAUCUAAGUGAUAUAGGAAGUAACUGGAGGGUCUCAAGUGGGGGGUGGUGACUUGAUCUGGCUAAUACCCCAGAAGUUUCACUCUGGUCCCUGUAUGAUGAUUGCUGGAGAGUAAGAGUGGAGGCAGGGAGUCCAGUGAGGAGGCUUUGGGAAUAAUCCAGGUGAGAGUGACAGUGGCCUGGACCAGGGUGUGCCUGGGAAGGAGGUGAGAAGUGGCCGGAUACAUGAUAUAUUCUGGAUGUGGACCCCACAGGACUGGAUGUGCCAGACAUUGGCAGAGAGGGCUCAGGAUGGCCCUUGGUUCAGUUAUCUAUUGCUGAGAAAUAAACCACCCCAAAACCUAGUGGCUUAAAAUGAUAUAUUAUUUCUAAAAAUUCUGUGGUUCAGUGGGGGUCAGCUGGCUAAUUCUGCUGGUUUUGCCUGGUGUCGCUUAUGGGGCUGCAUUCAGCUGGGAGCAGCGGGGGCUCAAUUACCAUGAGGGCAUCGCCUCUCUCAGGACCUCUCAUCACCUGGUCUCUUACCAUUCAGAAGUCUGCCUCACAGCUCCACGAGUACGUGCCUCAGGAUGGCCCGUACUACGGAUCCACUGGCAAAGGAGAUCUUUAAAGGAGUUUGAGUAGCUGAACUGUGAGCAUUUUUUGGAACAUAUUUUGUGUUUGAGAAGAAGAGCACAAGCCAAGAUGUCAGGCAAACAAUGAACAAGAAAUUCCCCUUCAUCUUGGAAGUUUAUUACAAAUCCAUUGAACAUUCUGGAAUGUUACACAAUCAAGAGCAAGGUCAAGAAAAGUGGCUUAGCAGCAAAAAUUAGAAAUUUGACCAUCGAUCAAGGUUUGCCCUAUUUCAUAGUAUCAGGCAAGAUUAAAAUUCCAAAAUUGACAUGGGUGGAUUUUAGAAUAUUUCAGGUUAAAUGUAAAUUCUAACUAAGCCAGAGGUUUUGUUCUUUGGACUAACUGUGAAGAAAUUGAUGGAAGGUUUGUUUAUUAUAAAUGGAGUUUUGUUCACUACUCAAAAUAAAGUGGUUCUCCUUAAAAAAAAAAAACUCCCCUAUGAUUCUGAAUACAUAAA